GCUGCGUGGAUUUCCCGGAUGGAGCUGCGGCGCCAUCUUCACGCCUCUGCUCACCGGUGGGUCUUCGGCUCAGCGGAGCGACAGAGCUGUUGCUGAUCCACCGCCAGGACUCUCCGAGCAGCCCGAUUAUCGUCCCCUGUUUCCCCACCGGGACGCUGAACGCAGCCCUCCCCGCUACCGGAGCACCAUGGCGGACAGAGAGAACCUGGUGUACCAAGCAAAACUGGCCGAGCAAGCGGAGAGAUACGAUGAAAUGGUGGAGUCGAUGAAGAAGGUGGCCAGCAUGGACGUGGAGCUGACGGUGGAGGAGAGGAACCUUCUCUCCGUCGCCUAUAAGAACGUGAUCGGCGCGCGGCGAGCGUCCUGGAGGAUCAUCAGCAGCCUGGAGCAGAAGGAGGAGAACAAGGGCGGCGAGGACAAGCUGAAGAUGAUCCGGGAAUAUCGGAAAACGGUUGAGAAAGAGCUGAAAUCAAUCUGCAACGACAUCCUGGAUGUUCUGGACAAACACCUCAUCUUAGCAGCAACCACCGGAGAAUCCAAGGUUUUCUACUACAAAAUGAAGGGAGACUACCACCGGUACCUGGCGGAGUUCGCCACGGGCAACGACAGGAAGGAGGCGGCGGAGAACAGCCUGGUGGCGUACAAGGCGGCCAGCGACAUCGCCAUGAUCGAACUUCCUCCAACGCACCCCAUCCGCCUCGGCCUGGCACUCAACUUCUCCGUUUUCUACUAUGAAAUCCUGAAUUCGCCGGACCGGGCCUGCAGGUUGGCGAAGGAGGCGUUCGAUAACGCCAUCGCGGAGCUGGACACACUGAGCGAGGAAAGCUACAAAGACUCCACACUUAUCAUGCAGUUGCUACGGGACAACUUGACGCUAUGGACCUCAGACGUUCAGGGAGACGGUUGAUUUGUCGUCGUCAUGGUAACUCCCCUAAGCUACCACUGUUUCUGUCUCACAAUGCGUUUUCCCUCCUACUGACCUCACCAGCACUCUAACAGCGCCCCUCCCAGCAUGGUGCCACGUUGCCAGCAGCAGGUUAGCCUCUGAAGCUAACAGGAGUCAUGCUGUUUGUUUCACUGGGGUGCUUGAUGUGAAGUUUUUCCAUCACCACUAAUGGGGAAAAUGGGUCGUGUUUUCUUAAAGGGACAGUUCACUCUUUUUCAGGUGCUCUAAUCAGAAUCUCUGAGCAUCUUCAGUUUGAGGUGACAUGUCAUCAGUAAACACUACGUUAUGUUAUGGCUGUUUAUGCCAUGGUAGAAUAUACCAUGGUAUAUGUUAGCAUGGCUACUAGUAUAGUAUACCUAUACUAUAUUAUCACUAUAUAUGCUCUCCUAUGUUAGUAUGUGUUAUGGUAUGUCUAUCUGCAUAUCCAUUCCUGUAUUAUGGACAUUUAUACUAUAUAUAUGUUAGUAUAUACCUAUACUAUGUUAUACUAGGUUCCCGCUGUCGUAGGCGUUUCCUCCAGACUAAACUUCUACAGUUAUUUUAACUUUAUAAUCUUGUUUUGUUGCUCUGCUCCUCACUGAACUGUUAGCUUUAAAACUGAAGAUGCUGAAA